CAGGUUGCGUUUGGUGCUCUGCCUUUUUUUUUUAUUCCGUCUCUCGCCCGCCGCCCCUUCUUCGCUUCUAUCGCUCGCCAACCCACCGCGAGAUCGACGAGGGAGACUCGGAUUAGGUCGCCCGGGGAAGUGCUCGCGCUGAUUUCGGAUCGGCCAGUUCAAAAAAAAAUUUCGCUGGAAAAACUCAGAAUCUGCUGAAGAAAAGUUCUUCCCUUGAUUUCUUUCUCAUAUUUGGUAAAAAGAUUUGAAUUUGCUGCAUUCGCUGCCUCAUUGUGUCCCCUAUCUAUAAGAGCCCAAGAGCGAUGAUUUUGAAAGUUGUAAUAUUCUGAAUCACAACGGGAACUUGGAGUUCUGCUGUGAUAACAAUGGCAGAUAAGAGAUUGCAAGCGGUUGAGAAGAAUAGUGGCUGGCUUCUUCAACCAUUCCCAGAACUGGGUUUCUCAUGGAAUAUUCAUGACGGUUUGUUGCCCUCCGGUGGCUUGUUUGCGAGUGUUGGUCAGGUGGGAGUUGGGCUUGGGGUUUCUUCAAAAUCUCCUAGUGUGACACCUGAGGCAGGUUAUCAGGUUGUUGGGACUCCCGCUGAGUCCACCGGGGAUGUGACCAGUUAUGUGGAAGAAGCUUUGGUUAAAAAGAAGAAAAACAUACUGCAAGUAAGAAUUAAGGUCAGGAAUCCUCAUUUGAGAAGAUUGCUCAGUGGAGGAAUUGCUGGUGCAGUGUCGCGGACUUGUGUCGCACCUCUGGAAACAAUUAGGACACAUCUUAUGGUUGGGAGCAAUGGGAACUCAACGACAGAAGUUUUCCAGACUAUUAUGAAGACAGAGGGGUGGACGGGCCUCUUUCGUGGUAAUUUUGUCAAUGUCAUCCGUGUUGCCCCCAGCAAGGCCAUUGAGUUAUUCGCUUUCGAUACAGCCAAGAAGGUUUUGACUCCCAAGGAAGGCGAACAACCAAAGAUUCCGAUUCCCCCCUCAUUGGUUGCUGGGGCAUUUGCUGGAGUCAGCUCAACCCUAUGCACGUAUCCUUUAGAACUACUAAAGACGCGACUAACCAUACAGAGAGACGUUUACGACAAUCUUCUGCACGCAUUUGUGAAAAUUGUUCGAGAGGAAGGUCCCGCAGAGCUCUUUAGAGGUCUCACUCCGAGCCUCAUAGGAGUCGUGCCAUAUGCCGCCACCAAUUACUUUGCUUACGACUCCUUAAAGAAACUUUACAGGAAGACCUUCAAAAAAGAUGAAAUAGGAAACAUCGCCACCCUUCUGAUCGGUUCGGCCUCCGGUGCUAUUUCGAGCAGUGCUACAUUUCCUCUUGAAGUUGCACGGAAGCAUAUGCAGGUCGGAGCUGUCGGAGGUAGGCAGGUCUACAAGAAUAUGCUUCACGCUCUUCUGAGCAUACUGGAACAGGAGGGAAUCGGGGGGCUUUACAAAGGUCUGGGGCCAAGUUGUAUGAAGCUGGUACCGGCCGCCGGGAUCUCAUUCAUGUGCUAUGAGGCUUGCAAGAAGAUCUUAAUCGAUGAGAAUGAGAAGACACUCUAGCGUGAGAUUUAAGCUUCUCUUUCGGUUCCACAAUUUUUAUCUCAAACUGGAGCUGUUUGAGAUUUAGAUACUUAAAUGGAGGCAGCAGCACCAUUUUUCCCCUUCAAAUUUUCUUUUCAUUUUUCUUUUUUACUAUUAUUUUUUUACCUUGUGAUCCAUUGAAUGGAUCAAAAUUAUCUUGUUGUCUGCUAAACUAUGAUAUAAAGAUUGUGGCAAACGAGUUCUACUAUUGUCUUAUCAUUUCGGGUUGAUUUAUAUGAUGAAAAGAAUUUAGAGAUCAUUUUUGACAGGCAAGUUCCCUUCAAAAUAAGCUACAGUAGGUUUGAAUGUCAAGUUCUUUUUUCCAUGUGGAUCAGGACUUGUCUUUCUACUGCUAAACUAACUUAUUUAAUGCUGUUGACUUGGAGACAUUAGCGAGCUGUUGACUGUUUUUUGUUACUCACAGCAGUCGCAGACUCGCAGGCUUAAUUUGGGAAGAAGUCUCUAUGCGGCCCAAUUAUACGACGUGAGAAGAGACUCGGUUUAAUCAGCUGGUUGUGGCAACUAUAAUAAAGCCGUGGUUUAUUUUAUUUAUUUAUUUAUUUUAUCUCUCUAUAUAUCUAUGAUAUCUAUUGAGAACAGGAUAAUAAAUCACAUCAUUGCAAUGGGGAGCAAGAGCAUAUCAGCAGCCUUCUUUUAUUUCUUCCUCCUCUUUCUUUUUGCGUCACUACCAUGCUGGAAACCGGCCGCCGCCGCCACUUCUCCCGAGCGAUGGGCGGCGGGCUGUAACGAGAUAGAGGGUGGUGGUCGCCGAUGCAGAUUAGUGGAAGAGGAGAGGAAGGACUUGGAGGAGUUUCAGUUCGAUUCAGAGAUCAACAGAAGACUCCUCGCCGGAAGUGGCUCCUCCGAUGUCGUCCAUCAAGCUCUGGAUGCAAGUCAGGUGCCCUGUCAAACUAAACGCGGCAGUCCGUCCCAGUGUGGUGCGAAGUCCGGCAACACAAACAGACGAGGUUGUAGUGACUCUUUCUAUUGUCGAACUCCUCCUCCAUGAAUAAUUGAUCAAGAACCCCCGCUGCCGUUAAUUAUCAUCCAUGAAUAAUUUAAUUUACCUGCAUGUGUGAUUGUGUGCGUGUCUUAAUUCUAAGACGUUCUUGAAACUAAACUAUUCUAGGUGUUGUGUCGUGCCGUGUUGAUCCGAGCGAAAGAAUGUGUGUUUCUAUUCUAUUUUGCUGUUGUAUUUAUUUUUCAUGGCUAUGAUCUGAGCGAAACAACGCUAGCUUUUCGAUA